GCGGGCGGGGUGUGAAAGUCUUGAAGAACAACACAUUGAUCCGUCUCCAUCCAGGCAGAGAGUUGCUUGUGUGAAUCCCGCGGCUCAGAAGUUAUUCCUCUAACGUCGAUUUCCUAACUUCACUCGGACGAACAAACAGGGCAGCUGCAAUGUGGAUUCAAGUGCGCACAAUGGAUGGGAAGGAAACCCACCGGGUGGAUUCCCUGUCCAAACUCACCAAGGUGGACGAGCUGCGUCUCAAAAUCACUGAGCUCUUCAACGUGGAGCCGGAAAGGCAGCGACUCUUCUACCGUGGCAAGCAGAUGGAAGACGGCCAUACUAUAUUCGACUACAACGUUGGACUAAACGACAUAGUGCAGCUGCUUGUUAGGCAGAAGAUGCCCUCUGUUGAUGUCAUUAAAAGCAAGGACAAAGAGGCUGAGCUAUCUGACUCUGACUCAGGCUGUGGCUCAACUCAGAGCGAAUCUGACAAGAACUCCACUCACGGUGAGGUAGAAGGUCAAGCUGCCGGCACCUCUGCCCAGGCAAACACCCCAGAGCUCGUCGACCUGGGAUUUGGAUUUUACAAGAUCAACGAGCUGGUGGAUGCAAGAGACUUGAACAUGGGAGCAUGGUUUGAAGCCCAGAUAAUGAAUGUUACGAAGACGCCAAAGACGCCAAUAGAGGAGGCCGCAGAGGCCAAGUCAGCAGAGGAUGAGAUACUGUACCACGUUAAAUAUGAAGACUACCCAGAAAACGGGGUCAUUCCGUUGCUUGCCAAGGAUGUUCGUCCGCGGGCCCGCACCUUGUACCAGUGGCACCAGCUGGAGCCAGGAAUGAUUGUAAUGGUAAACUACAACCCAGAUGACCCCAAGGAGCGUGGCUACUGGUAUGAUGCCGAAAUCCAGAGGAGGAGGGAGACGCGCACAGUGCGAGAAAUCUAUGCCAAGAUUAUCCUUGGUGAUGCUGGAGACUCUCUAAAUGAUUGCCGGAUCAAGUUCCUGACUGAAAUUUACAAAAUCGAGGAACCCGGUUCUCUGGGUGACGCUCCAGCAGGUUCUGAGAGUCCACUAAAAAGAUCAAAUGGACCCGAGUGUAAGCACUGUAAGGAUGACCCUGAUAAAAACUGUCGCUGGUGUAACUGUCACAUCUGCGGCAUCAAGCAGGAUCCUGACAAACAGUUGCUGUGUGAUGAAUGUGACAUGGCCUAUCACACCUACUGCCUGGACCCCCCGAUCACCUCCAUCCCUGAAGACGAGGACUGGUAUUGCCCAGGUUGCCGUAACGACACCAGUGAGGUUGUGUUGGCUGGAGAGAAGCUGAAGGAGAGCAAGAAGAAAGCAAAGAUGGCUUCCGCCAGCUCUUCCAGCCAGAGGGACUGGGGCAAGGGAAUGGCCUGUGUAGGUCGAACCAAGCAGUGCACUAUCGUCCCGUCCAACCACUACGGCCCAAUCCCUGGAAUCCCUGUUGGCUCCUUGUGGAAGUUCAGAGUUCAGGUCAGCGAGUCUGGAGUCCACAGGCCACAUGUAGCUGGAAUUCACGGCAGGAGCAAUGAUGGUGCCUACUCUCUUGUCUUGGCUGGAGGUUACGAGGACGAUGUGGACGAUGGCAAUGAGUUCACUUACACUGGCUCUGGAGGACGAGAUCUGUCUGGAAAUAAGAGGACUGCUGAGCAGUCAUGUGAUCAGACACUCACCCACAUGAACAGGGCGCUGGCUCUCAACUGCAACGUCCCAGUCAAUGACAAAAAUGGAGCUGAAUCCAGGAGCUGGAAGCAGGGCAAACCAGUUAGAGUUGUUCGCAGCUGCAAGGGUCGAAAGCACAGUAAAUAUUCCCCUGAGGAAGGAAACAGAUAUGAUGGCAUAUACAAGAUUGUGAAGUACUGGCCUGACAAGGGGAAAUCUGGCUUCUUGGUAUGGCGCUAUCUGCUGAAACGUGAUGAUGAUGAGCCGGCACCAUGGACAAGAGAUGGCAAGGAUCGCAUCAAGAAGCUUGGUCUCACCAUGCAGUAUCCUGCCGGCUAUCAGAAAGAGAAGGAGAACAAAAAUGAAGCGGAGGAGGCGGCGGCAGCGGCGGCAACACCCAGCAAAGCCAAGAGGAAGAGAAAAUCUCAGGGCAGUGAAUCCUCUAAGACCUCGCCUGCCAAGAAUCCAAAGAAAGUCAAGGUAGAGGUGUACAAGCUUUCCCAGGAGCAGAAGGCCCUCAUCAAGAAUGACAAGCCAAACAAGAAGCUGUGGGAUGAAGCCAUGGAGUCACUGUCACUUGGACCGAAAUUUUUGAACAAGGUUGAAGAAGUUUUCCUCUGCAUUUGCUGCCAAGAAGUGGUCUAUCAGCCCAUCACCACAGAAUGCCAACACAACGUCUGCAGGGAAUGCCUUCAGCGGUCCUUCAAAGCAGAGGUGUACACCUGCCCGGCCUGCAGACACGACCUGGGCAAAAACAACUCCAUGACCAUCAACAAAUCUCUGCAGGAUAUUCUAAAUCAGUUUUUCCCAGGGUACAGCAACGGGCGAUGAUCAGUGGCUCCGCUCACGCAAGACCUCGAGGAAAGGCGAUGUAAACUGUAAGGGGAAUUUUGACGCAAUAAAGAAUCAGUUUUCUCUUAAUAUAUUUUUUAUGAUUUAUAAAACUACAAUUUUUGUGGACUUCAAUGUUACCAUUUUUCACCUUGGAUCUGCCCUGAUAUGUAGUUACUGAUAAAUUGAAACUUCCUUUAUAACAGCCUGUGCCAUUACUCCUCUGCUAAAAUCCUCAGUUGUUGAUUUACUGUGUUUUGUUAUGUUCCGUUAGCUAAUGCAAAUGUUAUUCAUGAUGAUUUAAGUAAAGCCUCCACAUUCAGCACUGCUUAAGAGAACGUUAAGUUGUUUCUCAAAUUGUUUGGAGUUUUUUUUUUAUUGUUAUUAGUACAAUGUGGAUCUGUUGUUGUGGCUGGUUGUCAUUUUGAUGCAAUCGUCUCAAUCUGAUGAUGCAGUUGAGGUUUUGUCUCCUGUAGCUGUUUACAUCUCAGGACUCCGUAAUUCUUUUACAAAUCUCUUCUCUCUGUGUUUACAAACACUGAAACUUGAUUUGCUAUCAAGAAAUUGAUUGGCUAAAGUAGACUAACAAGUAAAGUCGUUGUCACAGGUUUCUACCACUUUGUUAUUGUCCUGGCAUGAUCAGCUGAUUGAAAUCCAUUAACGCGAGUGAACAAAGUCGUCUUUUGGAGAGAAAAAACGCACUUUGAGUGUGAAAUGUAGGUGAGACCUAAAAACGGAGAUCAAACAGAACUAGUUGGUUUUGGUUCUGUGGUCCAGCCGUCUUGGAGGAAGUGUCUUGUUGGGAAACAGUGUCAUCAAACUUGGAUGGAUUUUCUAGCUUGUGUAUUGGUUCUCUAUAUAUUUUCAUAAAGUUAUUUUUAUAUUUGUAUAUGAAGUUGGUUAAAAAGUUUCUAUGACUUUGGUAUAGAAGCCAAACAUGUUAGAAUUUUAUUCCAUGGCAUAGAUUUGGAAAUCCCCUGUUUCACAGCGUUUGUUAAAGUCCGAGGAAAGAAACAUGUUUAAUCAAGAGUGUAAUGUAGAACUCCCAUCUAGCUCUUUAGACCUUGUCCCUGACAUUUAAAGCUAAUUGAGUCUAGACCCUUUCUAUAAAAAAAAUUUUUUGCUAAAAUUUUUAAUGUGUACUUAUUCAUCUUUUAUAAUCUUACUGCCAUCUGUGGGAGAGGGUGGUUCAGUCAGAUUUUUGUGUCUCUGCAGGUCAUUUGAUCUCAUUAAAGAAAAAAAACAGGAAAUGCUUGCAUUAAGUUGAAAAAUUUAUUAAAUCCCACACUGCUCCUGAAAUUUGCCAUUGAAUCAACUAAAUUAUCCAAAUGUGUCAUUAACUACUUUUACCGCUAACUGUCUUUGUACGGAUAAUGUGAUGCUUGGUGUUGAAUUUCAGCUGCAGUGUGUGUGAAUGUCCAUCAACAUGUGCAGCACUUACAGUUUUUAAAGGAGAGACAAAGAUUAGCAUAAACUGGGAAAUGUAUAUUUUCUAUAAUUGUAUAAUUUUUAGUCCAUUAUGGUUUUGAUAUGUAGUUUUUAGAAAUGGUUGCACAUGUUUUGUGCAAAAAAUGUUAAUAAAUUUUCUGUGUUCAAUAAAAAAAGUGAAA